GUUGAUUUAUAAAGGUUUUUAUUACCAAUGGAAUCAAAAGUAGAACUAGGGCUGGCCUCAUCUUAUAUAUGUAUCUUGUCUUUAUUGUGCACUUCACCAAUUGUGCAUUCUGUUGGUAAGAACUGGUUUUUCUGUAGACAGACUGGUGUCUUGGCGUGUCAAGGCUACGAUCUUCGCAUAUGCAUGUUCAAGCAUAUGCAUUAUGGAAAUAAGGUGUAUAUCAGGGUGUCGUUAUUGUGUCCCCUGAUUUGAUCCUACAUGGUACCACCAUCUAUGCCCUGUUAAUCGGCAUGUCGAGGCUAAUAAUCAUGAAACGAGUCUUCAUCAACAUCUACUUCCAUAUAAUCAGGCUGCUCAACGGUUGUAUGUUUUGUU